AUGUUCAAAUACGCCGUUGUCAUCUGCGCUCUGAUUGCCUGUGUGGCCGCCAAGCCGGGACUACUCCAUGCUCCACUGGCCGCUCCCCUGUUUGCAGCUCCUGCUCCCGUUGUGACUGCAGCCAGCAGUCAGGUGGUGGCCAGGACCUUCAAUGGCAUUGCGACGGCUCCAGUGAUUGCCCAAGUCCCCGUGGCUCCCGCACCAGUUCCAGUCGUUAGGACUGUUGCAGCUCCUUUUGCUGCACCUCUGGCAUACUCGGCUCCCUUGGCCUAUGCACCAGCACCACUGAACUAUGCAGCGCCCGCCCUGUGGUAG